ACAGCGGCAGCAGCGAGAGUGAGACACACACUCACAGAUCCACUCAGAGACACACACUUAGAGACAUGCUGGUGUGAAUGAGUGGGGGAGAGAGAGAGAGAGAGAGAGAGAGAGAGAGAGAGAGAGAGAGAGAGAGAGAGAGAGAGAGAGAGAGAGAGAGAGAGCUAUACUAGCAAAAGUAAUAGCAGGUUUUCUUUUUCCAUAUCGUUGGCGUUAGGUUGAAGGGGGAAAAGUGUGAGAUUACAACAUAUCCGGGCGAAAGUGAGUAAGAGAGUGAAAAGAAAACGGAGCGCACCCUGUAAUUUCUUUAAGCCGUUGUCCAGACUCCUCAGCCCGGUUAAAGCUGUUUCUCCGAGUGCACAUUUUCUCGCUAGUCUCGUAAGAUUUUGCUCGCUUUUUUAGCACCACAGCAAUUGUGUGCACGUUUCUACGUUGGUUUCGUUGCAUCGAGAGCAUUGGCCAUUUUUAGGUCUCAGAAAACUGAAUUAAGACUACAAUUUCACUUGGAAUAAGUUCUUAUGUUGUUAUAAGACAUCUUGGUGGUCUGUUUUUAAUGUAGAAAACACGUGCACUACAGUGACAAGCCUGCUCUCAUCUCUUGAUUGCAUGCCCGCGCGCAUAGGAUCCGAUCCUUCUGGAGUUUGAAAGCGCGCGCGGAGAAGCAGAACUUGUCUCUUUGCAUCGGCUGUGCAUUUAGAGCAAACCGGACGCCUGUAGGACGAUGCUGCGGCUGUUCGUGGCUUGGAGCACUCUGGUGGCGCUGUGCGUGAUGGUGGAGGGAGCGCGCGGCGGCAGCGGUUACGGCAUGAGCAUGUUCGCCGCGCAGUCCUCGCCGCCUGACCCGUGCUACGACGAGAACGGCAACCCCCGCCGCUGCAUACCCGAUUUCGUCAACGCGGCUUUCGGUAAGGACGUGCGUGCGUCCAGCACCUGCGGCACACCGGCGACGCGCUACUGCGUGGUAAGCGAGAAGGGCGACGAGAGGACGCGCGACUGCCACACGUGCGACGCGACCGACCCGAAAAAGGCGCAUCCGGCCGCGUACCUAACCGACCUCAACAACCCGCACAACCUCACGUGCUGGCAGUCCGAGAGCUACGUGCAGCACCCGCAAAACGUCACUCUCACGCUCUCGCUAGGCAAAAAGUUCGAGGUAACUUACGUGAGUCUGCAGUUCUGCUCGCCGCGGCCCGAGUCCAUGGCCAUCUACAAGUCGAUGGACUACGGUAAGACAUGGACGCCGUUCCAGUUCUACUCGACGCAGUGUAAGAAGAUGUACAACCGACCGAGUCGCGCUGCCAUCACCAAGCAGAACGAGCAGGAGGCCAUCUGCACGGAUUCGCACACGGACAUGCAGCCGCUCGCAGGCGGCCUCAUCGCGUUCAGCACUCUGGACGGCCGGCCGUCAGCGCACGAUUUCGACAAUUCCCCGGUGCUGCAGGACUGGGUCACGGCCACUGAUAUCAAGGUGACGUUCAGCCGCUUGCACACGUUUGGAGACGAGAACGAAGACGACUCGGAGCUGGCCAGGGACUCGUACUUCUAUUCCGUGUCCGAUCUGCAGGUGGGUGGCCGCUGCAAGUGCAACGGGCACGCGUCAAAGUGUGUGCGCGACCGCGAGGGCAACCUGGUGUGCGAGUGCAAGCACAACACUGCGGGACCCGAGUGUGACAGGUGCAAACCCUUCCACUAUGACCGACCAUGGCAGCGCGCAACGGCCAGAGAGGCCAACGAGUGCGUCGCUUGUCACUGUAACCUACAUGCACGCCGCUGUCGCUUCAACAUGGAGCUGUAUAAGCUGUCAGGACGCAGGAGUGGAGGAGUUUGCCUCAAUUGCAGACACAACACUGCGGGACGCCACUGCCACUACUGCAAAGAAGGCUACUACAGAGACAUGACUAAACCUAUUUCACACAGACGUGCCUGCAAAGCAUGUGACUGUCACCCAGUCGGUGCUGCAGGUAAAACCUGUAACCAGACCACAGGCCAGUGUCCGUGCAAGGAUGGUGUGACUGGUAUUACCUGCAAUCGCUGUGCUAAAGGCUACCAACAGAGUCGCUCACCCAUCGCCCCCUGCAUCAAAAUUCCAGUCGCGUCCCCCACUGCAACGUACACCAACUCUGAAGAACCAACGGAUUGUGACUCCCAUUGCAAGGCAUCCAAGGGCAAAAUGAAGGUCACCAUGAAGAAGUACUGCAAGAAAGACUUUGCUGUCCAAGUGCACGUGCUGAAAGGUGACAAGGCAGGCGAGUGGUGGAAGUUCACCAUUAACAUCAUCUCGGUGUACAAGCAGGGCGGGCACCGCAUCCGUCGAGGUGACCAGCUGCUGUGGGUGCGUGCCAAAGACGUGGCCUGUAAAUGCCCCAAGAUCAAGCCAGGCAGGAAGUAUCUGUUGCUGGGCUCAGACGAUGAGGACUCGCGCGGCCAGAGUGGUGUCGUGGCCGACAAGGCCAGCCUGCUUGUCCCCUGGAAGGACCAGUGGGCCCGUCGUCUCCGCAAGUUCCAGCAGCGUGACAAGAGGGGCAAGUGCUAAAGCAUCUAGCAACAGCAAUCAGCACAGGAAGGAGGGAGACGAAGGAAGGAUUGGAGGAAAGACCGAGCGCUGCUAAGCAGACUGAUAUUGCUAGCCUCUGGUAGAAACGGUUGUGAAGGAAUUCGGAUUUCACAGUUGUCUUCAACAAUUUUUUUUUUUUUUUCAGUUUUCUUUCAGAUUUUUAUUUUGUAUUGUGGAUUUUGCAGAGUUUGCACCUAAUUUUACAUAUACAGUAUGUAAAGUCAUUUUUCGAGUGAUCAGUUUGGUGUCCCUCACUCUAUUUUCUUUUUAUAUAGUUUGACAUUCCCUGGAUCCUUUUUACUGAAAUUAGCUACUGUCUCACAUUUCUUUCAUGAGAUUUUUUUUUCUUUGGUUUGUUUUUUAAAUCACCAAGCUUGUGUUAUAGUGUACUGUUGUAUAUGAGCAAACCACUUCCUGGCUUAGUUUCGGAAACAAUACAGCGAUCUUUGUGGUGUUGCCGGUUUUAUUUUAAUUUUUGUUGUGUUUGAAUUUGCAAGUUCAAAGAGUGAACUAACAGAGUGAACUAACAAGCUCUAUGAACCCCACUCUCAAGUAAAGCAUUAUGGACAAUACCUCAUCAAACGUGUUUAUGGAAAGUGAUAUGCCUCACUUAGUGGGAAAAUGAACCACUGCUCAUUUAAGUUGAAUGUCAUUAUUUUUGCAAUGUACAGUAUAGCAUACUUGGCCUUACUUACCACACGAUAUGUAUGUAUAAAGACAGCGUCAGCUUUAACACGUGAUCCCUGAUUUUACUUACUUUGUUCAUUUGUAACAGCUAUCAUUUAAAACUGUUCAGAAAAUGAUAAAAGCCAGAAAACGUAGGUUUUUGUUUCAUUAGAUGUAAGAAACACCUAAAAAGUGAGUUUUUAGAUUCUAAAUCAUUCCAGUUGAAACAUAAAUCUCAUCUCAUGUAGAAUUCUGAUGUAAGGGUGAUUUCUUUACAGCCUACCAAAAGUUCCUUCUUCAUAACUUCAUUCACGGUUAACGCGUGGAAGAAUCUUGUCCGUAACGUAUAGCUGUAGAAAAAAAUGCCUUAAGUACAGUAUAAUGCAGUGUUAAAAAAAUACAUCUAUUGACAAGUUGAAGACCAUUUUGAAGACUCUUUUUGCCUUGGGUCAUAAAAAAUAGCCCUAUAAUUUGCUUGGUACUUUGUGGAAGGUAUUGUCGUGUUAUUGUUAUUUGUAUAGUUGUAUAGUACCUUUAUAUAACACUAACUAGAUUAUAUUCACAUUAUUAACCAGAGUGUUUAGAACCAUAAAUGUAAUAUUUCAACUUAGGAGUAAAGAGUGUUUGUGUUUGUUUACACUGAUUGAAUGAAAAGAGAAGUUGUACAGUGUCUGUUAUGAGAACGGAGUAUUCAAACACACACACAUACACACACACACACACACACACACACACACACAAUCGCAUACACACGGUCCACACUGAAGUUACCAUUAAUCUUUGAACUCUGACAGUGGCCUAGAGCUGAACAUAAAUUCUGUCAGUUAGAGCAGUUACAAACGGACACACGGGAUCUAUUCUACAUUUCAAAUCAGAACCAUUUUGACUUUUUCUUCAACUAUUUGGAGAAUUCAUUUUCCGAACCAGGUUUUGGGUGAAGACCUAGCCAUUGUUUAUGGUCUACCUGUAAAUGACAUUUAGCUGUAUUCUUUAUUUUUUCUUAUAAUGCAUACUAAUAUAUAAUGGUUCUCAUAAAAUGAAUCUAUUUAAUGAUACCGGAAUUGACAUGCCUUGUUUUUAUUAUUGUUGCUACCAUGAGAUGAUCUUGUGACGUUGUAACCAUUGAACGUACAGAUAGUGAGCAAUUGGAGAUUGUUUUCAAUAAACACACCAUAAACCCCA